GUCGACACUUUCUGCGGUGCACCGCCCUUAUAAGUUGACUCAUGCCCUUCUCCAAUUCCUGGAACAACACAACGCGCACCGUCGGUCUCUUCAGCUUCAUCGCUUUCACUCUGCCUUCCUUGCAGUCUCGAUAGGAUUGUUUUGGGGCAGAAUGGCUUCUAAUGCUACAAUAGGGCACAAAUGUCCACCCGCAAUGAAACCCACAUCGAAUGGCAUAUUCCAGGGUGAUAAUCCCCUUGAUUUCGCGCUCCCUCUUGCCAUUCUACAGAUAUGUCUUGUGCUUGUACUCACACGGGGUCUUGCUUUUCUUUUGAGACCAUUAAGACAGCCAAGAGUGAUUGCAGAGAUUAUUGGUGGAAUCUUACUUGGGCCAUCUGCUCUGGGUCGAAACAAGACAUAUCUGCAAGCAGUAUUUCCAACCAAGAGUCUCACUGUGCUUGAUACUCUCGCAAAUAUUGGCCUUAUCUUCUUUUUAUUCCUAGCUGGUCUAGAGUUAGAUCCCAAAUCUCUUUGUCGUACUGGCAAAAAGGCCAUUUCAAUUGCCAUUGCAGGAAUUAGCCUCCCAUUUGCAUUGGGAAUUGGUUCUUCAUUUGUCCUUCGAGAAACCAUAUCUAAAGGCGUACAUGCUACCUCAUUUCUUGUAUUUAUGGGGGUGGCCAUGUCUAUAACUGCCUUCCCUGUGUUAGCUCGUAUUCUGGCUGAGCUAAAGCUUUUAACCACUGAUGUUGGCAGAAUGGCUAUGUCAGCUGCUGCAGUUAAUGAUGUGGCUGCAUGGAUUCUACUUGCCCUUGCCAUUGCACUAUCUGGUUCUAACAAUUCUCCCCUUGUCUCGGUUUGGGUCUUAUUGGGUGGAUGCGGUUUUCUUAUUGGUUCAAUCCUCAUUGUCCGUCCGAUCUUUAAAUGGCUGGCUAAGCAAUGCCGUGAAGGCGAGCCAGUGAAAGAAUUGUAUGUCUGUGCUACACUAGCAACUGUCUUGGCUGCUGGAUUUAUAACUGAUUUUAUUGGAAUCCAUGCCAUGUUUGGUGGUUUUGUUAUUGGGGUUCUUGUCCCAAAGGAUGGACCAUUUGCUGGUGCCCUUGGUGAAAAAAUUGAGGACCUUGUAUCUGGCCUUUUACUGCCAUUGUACUUCGUAUCAAGUGGAUUGAAAACCAAUGUAGCCACCAUCAAGGGGCUUGAAUCGUGGGGUCUUCUCGCUCUGGUCAUUUUUACAGCUUGUUUUGGUAAAAUUGUCGGCACAGUUUUGGUAUCCCUUUCUUUCAAAAUGCAUCUACGUGAGGCUUUUGCUCUGGCGUUCCUAAUGAAUACUAAAGGCUUGGUAGAACUUAUUGUUCUUAACAUUGGUAAAGACAGAAAGGUUUUAAAUGACCAGACAUUUGCCAUUAUGGUGUUGAUGGCUAUAUUUACAACUUUUAUCACAACCCCUAUUGUUAUGACUAUAUAUAAGCCUGCAAGAAAACGCCGAGCAGCUGAUUACAAGUACAGAACAAUUGAAAGGAAAAAUACAAAUUCCCAACUUCGGAUUAUGGCUUGUUUCCAUAGUUCAAGGAAUAUCCCAUCGAUAAUAAAUCUUCUUGAAGCUUCCCGUGGAAUUGAGAAGGGUGAUGGACUUUGUGUGUAUGCAAUGCAUCUAAUGGAACUCAGUGAGAGGUCGUCAGCUAUAUUAAUGGUCCACAAAGCUAGAAAAAAUGGGUUACCCUUCUGGAAUAAGGGCCAGGGAUCAGAUUCCAACCACGUUGUUGUCGCUUUUGAGGCUUUCCAGCAAUUAAGCCAGGUUUCUGUUCGAUCAAUGACUGCAAUCUCUUCAAUGUCUGAUAUACAUGAGGACAUAUGCAUGACUGCUGAGGGAAAGAGAGCUGCAAUUUUAAUUCUUCCAUUCCAUAAGCAUCAGAGGGUGGAUGGUUCCCUAGAGACAACUCGAACAGACUUUCGUUUGGUGAAUCGCCGAGUUCUGAAAGAUGCACCUUGCUCAGUUGGAAUUCUAGUUGAUCGUGGGCUUGGAGGAACCACUCAUGUAUCAGCAAGUAAUGUUUCUUCUGUCAUUACAGUCCUUUUCUUUGGUGGUAGAGAUGACCGGGAAGCUGUUGCAUAUGGUGUUCGCAUGGCUGAACAUCCUGGUAUCAGUUUGAUGGUCAUUCACUUCGUAGUUGAACCUGCUGCUACAGGUGAGAUCCUUAGAAUUGAUAUGAUCAACAAUUUUGGCAACAAGCCAAGUUCGUUGGAUGAAGAAUGCCUCUCUGAGUUGAUGAAGAGAACGUCGUUGGACGAUUCAGUAAAAUACGAACAGAAAUUUGUCAGAAAUGCUGCACAAAUCAUUGACGUGAUCCGCGAACAGAACCGUACCAAUCUUUUUCUGGUAGGUCGAAUGCCUGAUGGUGAAGUUGCCUUAGCUUUGAAUAAAAGCAGUGAAUGCCCAGAACUAGGUCCGAUAGGUAGUUUGUUGACAUUCUCGGAUUCUCCAACAAGAGCAUCAGUUUUGGUGCUUCAACAGUAUAGUAGCGAGGUACGACGGGAUCUUGAUUCACCAGCAAACGGGUUGCCAGAAAAUGACUCCGAAUCUAACUAAUUCUUGCAGUUCAUUAGUUUGAUAAAUAAUCUUAAAUUGCAUUUAGUUUGGUUAGAUUCUCCCUGUAAUUUUCAUAUUUCAAGUCAGAACCCUUUGUGUUUUUCGUAGUUAUUUUUCUUCUAUGGUAUAUAAAGAAACUAUUAGUUUUGUAAGACAUUUUUUUUUAUCUACCUCAAGAUAAAUAAGAAACAUUAUGGCUUUUAUCUAA